GGUCAUAUAGAAACUUAACAAUCUAACUUAUCGAACUACUUCUGAAAUAAUAAUAAAAUCAGUAUUUAUAACAAUAAGUUACUUCCAAUAUUAAUAACAUAAUAUAAUAUUUGCAGGAUUUAAAAAGCCAUGGAGAGAAGUAAUAUUGCUCCUCGUGGCAUGGUGGUGACACCUCAUCAUCUUGCUACUCAAAGUGCUUUAGAAGUGCUAAAAGAAGGAGGCACAGCUAUUGAGGCAACAGUCGCCGCAGCAGCGACACUAGCUGUAGUGUACCCUCACAUGAACAGCUUAGGAGGAGAUGGAUUCUGGCUUAUUAUCCCACCGAAUCACAAGCCUUUUGUCAUAGAAGCAUGUGGAGCUGCUGGAAGACUAGCAACUGAAGAAUUCUACAAAGAUCAUAUUAGAAUACCUAAAAGGGGUCCAAAAUCAGCGAUUACUGUUGCAGGGACAGUGGGAGGGUGGUAUGAAGCCCUUAAUUACGUCGCAGAGUCUGGCUAUACUAAAUUCUCUCAUUCAAAGUUAUUAGCAGAUGCUAUUUAUUAUGCCGAGCAAGGUUUUCCAAUUUCCACAUCCCUUGCGAAUCAUUUGAAGGAAUUUUAUGAGACUGAAAGUCAAUCACAUGAAUUUUUAGAUAUAUUUACAAAUAAAGGAAAAGCAAUGAAAGUCGGCGACAAGCUGUGCCAACCUAAUUUAGCAAAAACUUUAAGACUUUUAGCUGAAGAUGGUUUUAAUAGUUUUUAUAGCGGAAAAUUGGCUAAGCAAAUAGCAGAAGAUAUGGAAACUCUUGGAAUGCCAGUUACGUUGGAAGAUCUGAAUGUUUAUUCACCAUUGAGAAAAGAACCUCUACGUCUGCAGCAUGCAUAUGGGGAAUUAUUCAAUGUACCUCCACCAACACAAGGAAUAGUUUCACUUAGUAUACUUGGGAUAUUAGAUCAAUUACGUAUUAAAGGUGAUCAUGAAGGUAGAUUCAUACACGCCACAGUCGAAGCUACAAAAGAAGCAUUUGAAUUAAGGGACAAAUAUGUAACAGAUCCUGCCGAUAUGGAAGUAAACACAAAUUUUUUAUUGUCUUCACAAAAUAUUCUUGAUAUGGCUAGAAAUAUUGAUAUAAAUAGGGCUGCAACGACUACAAAGUUUAAAGGGCCCGGGGACACAGUUUGGAUGGGAGUGAUGGAUAACAAAGGGUUUUCCGUCUCGUAUAUACAAAGCAUCUAUCAUGAUUUCGGCAGCGGUGUUAUUUUACCGAAAACUGGCAUUCUGUGGCAUAACCGAGGAGUUGCAUUUUCACUAGAUAAUAAUCAUAUAUUGUCUUUAAGACCUGGAAAAAAACCGUUUCAUACCUUGAAUCCUGCUGCUGCAGUUUUGAACGACGGUCGCAUUAUGAUAUAUGGUACUCGUGGUGGUGAUGGACAACCUCAAACUCAAGCAGCAGUGUUUCACCGAUAUGUGGUUCAAAGAUUAAAUUUGCAGAAGGCUAUUACAGCACCACGGUGGUUGUAUGGUGACACACUCAUAAAAGGUCAGGACACUUUGAAAUUGGAAGAUAGGUUUGAUGAUGAUACUCUUCAGUACUUAAAAGAAAGAGGCCAUAAAGUUGAAUUAUUAGGAACAUUUUCAGAAAAAAUGGGACAAGCUGGGGCCUUAGUUAGGCAUACUAAUGGUAUGAUGGAAGGGGCAUUUGACCCUCGUAGCGAUGGAAGCGCUGGAGGAUUUUAAGAUCCCAACACAAUUAAAUGAGUUUUUAGAUUUUUUAUUCAAAUAUUUACUUCAAUAUAUUACAUGUUUUUAUAGUACCUUUAUUGAAGGUAUUGUAAGGUAAGUCUAGUUAUGUACCAACCGCCUAUUGAUGAGACCAUUAUAUUUUGAAACUAUAUAAAUAAAUACUUUCUUUAAAUAAUAAGCCAGCCAAGUGCAAGUCGGACUCGCGCACCGAAGUUUCCGUACAAACCUAUAGGUAUAUAAGUAAAAAUAUAUUUAUAUGAUGUAGGCAACUAAAAAUGUACGGUUUUCGCAAUAUUGCCUUUAUCUGUGCUAUAAGACGUUGCUUUGUACCAAAUAUCAAGAUUCUGACGGAAA